AUGGGAACAUUACCUGCUGCAGCAACGUUAUGGGAGGGGUUGUUGUUGGUUGAUGGACAUGUUAAAGGAGAAGCACCAAAUGCGACAGGCUGGGUCUGUUGUGAAUGUUAUGGAUCGCUCGAGGCCGACACAAUGCCCAAGUUUGCACUUGCAAAUAACAUGUGGAUUGGUCCAAUUCCACAUGAACUUGCAGUCCUCACUCUCCCAGAGGAACUCCUAAUUUCUCAUCACUUUCCACGAUGUUACAUUUUCAAGUUAUAUCCAAAGGAUACUCAUGGUGCAAAUCCUAGCCAUUUGCAGCGGGGGAUGGCUGGGAAUGUCACUUUGUACAAUAUGAACACCGACGAUGUUGUGAAGAUGAUCGAAGGCCAGUUUCUACCACAACCAGUUGCAUCUUUGGCAUCUGUGCUUGCUGUAAUGUAUGUUGGGACCAGGAAUUUGCCAAAGGAUUGGCUGAAAUCAACAUUCCGCGUUCGACGUGAUGUUGUCUUCAAUGCUCUUACCUGGUUGAAGGCGCACAAUCCACUUUAUGUUGAUAUCCAAAUAUCAGAAGCACAACUUGCACGUCUCCCAGAGGAUGAUGUCCCUCAAGAGAUUAUUUCUGUUGUCUGCCAUGAGGCCAUCAACAUCAUCGUAUAA